CGCAUCACCCCGGAGACCUAGUCCAACUCCGGGCUCCGGCCAAGAAUCCGACGCAGCAACCCACCCGUUCAACUCACCGUUCUUCUUGAGCUACAACUCACCCAUUCAACUUCACCGGCGCACCACUGCACCACUUGGAUCGGAUCGACAUGUCACUGUCAGUGAGCGUGACGAUGGGGGUGAUGAGGCCCCUUCUCGGCAAGCUCGCCGCGCUGGCGGGCGGCGAGUACAGUAAGCUCAAAGGGGUGAAGAAGCAGGCGGCCUUCCUCGAGAAGGAGCUCAGCGCCAUGAAUGCCGCCCUCGAGAAGAUGGAGCUCAUGGACGAGCUCGAUCCGGUCGCCAAGGACUGGAUGGACCACGUGUGGGAGAUGUCCUACGACAUGGAGAACUGCAUCGACGACUUCGUGCGCCAGUUUAGAGAUGGUAAUGCAAAGCUAGGAUUCAUCAAGAAGACUGCUCGAAGCCUCAAGAUGUUGGGACAGCGCCACCGGAUCGCUGACCGGAUGGAGGAGCUCAAGGUUCUUGCACUAGAGGCAAAUGAACGACGCAUCAGGUACAAGAUCGAUGAAUGCAAUCAUAAUUCUAGCUCUGUGACUAUUGAUCCUCGGAUGUCGACGAUAUAUGUAGAGGCAGUUGGUCUUGUCGGUACUGAUGGCCCAAGGAAGGAGCUUAUCAAUUUGUUGACUAGUACGGGAGAAAAGCUCAAGGUGGUGUCCAUUAUGGGAUCCGGAGGACUGGGUAAAACUACACUUGCCAAAUAGAUGUACGAUGAGA